AAGAGAACCGAAUAGUCUAGCUUGCUUUAUUCGCCGUACCACUGCCAGCAGCUAACGGGCAGCAGAAGCCGUGCGAUCGGAGAGUCAACACGGAGCUGCACAACAGCCCGUGUUUGUACGGUUUGUGAAGGCUUUAGCAACACAUUUAACAUUCGGUAAUAAGUCAUCUCUCCUGUGUUACCGUACACUAUUUUAUCUUCGCGGUAGUCAGGUUUUAGAUGUUGCCGGGGCGCAUGGAGUCUGUGUUGAAAAGGUCGGUGAAGUGUUUUGCGGACAAGAGAUCAUCCAGCUAAUGUUAGCUAGCCGCAGCCAGCCACGGAUUGUACGGUGUGGACUCGAGAGAGGAGAGGCUCGGUGCUGCUCCUGCUGCUGCCCACUCUUAUAACGGACGGACGGACACUGGUAUCAACCUAAACCAUGGGCCUCAUAUUCGCCAAACUGUGGAGCUUCUUCUGCAACCAAGAGCACAAGGUGAUAAUUGUUGGACUAGACAACGCAGGGAAAACCACUAUACUCUACCAAUUUCUGAUGAACGAGGUGGUCCAUACGUCUCCCACUAUCGGAAGCAAUGUGGAAGAAAUAGUGGUAAAGAACACACACUUCCUGAUGUGGGAUAUAGGAGGGCAGGAGUCGCUCAGGUCCUCCUGGAACACCUACUAUUCCAAUACAGAGUUCAUCAUCCUGGUGGUGGACAGCACAGACAGAGAGAGGCUGGCCAUCUCUAAAGAAGAGCUCUACAGGAUGUUGGCUCAUGAGGACCUGCGGAAAGCAGCUGUGUUGAUAUUUGCCAACAAGCAGGAUAUGAAGGACUGUAUGUCUGCAGCAGAGAUCUCCAAAUACCUCACCCUGAGCUCCAUCAAAGACCACCCCUGGCACAUACAGUCCUGCUGUGCACUUACAGGAGAGGGUUUAUGCCAAGGUCUUGAGUGGAUGACCUCCAGAGCUGGGCUCAGAUAGCCCCUCCCUCUGCCAUCGAUGGCCUGACUACCUGCACCACCCACACGGUGGCAAAACAGCUGGCUUAUUGUUACUUUCUUUUUUUUUGUUUUUACGACAAAGUUGGACUUGGACCUCUGCAGGCGGCACAGUAUGGGAGCACUGACACAUCUAAUUGUUACAGUGGAGCUGAUAACAUCUCCCAGUCAGUGAAAUAAAUGGCCAGAACUGAUGAACUGACCUGGUUGUGGAGGGAGAAAUCGUCUUUACAGUAAAGGAGGAGAAGAUCGUUUCAGUUGCAAGGAUGUCCAGGUGUGUGGACACUUUCAUUUACACUUCAUACAUAUCAUGUUUCACUGCACCAUAUUAUUUCAGAGUUUGCCAUAAACGUCAUGUCAAUGCCCAGCUUGGGAAACUAUGAUGCAGCUCUAUUAUUAUUAUUAUUUUGCCUCUAUAUGAGUUUGUUCAUGUUCAGGUCAAAUUUAACAGGACAAACAAAGGGAUUACAAGCAGUAUUGUAAAACCAGUUUUGACGGUGAUGGUGGCACCAAGUUUUGCACAGAGCUCAUCGGGAGUUUUACAUGACGUUUUUUUUCUUUUUCUCAAUAUCUGUUACAUGUAAUUUCAGUUUCAUAAGCUACACUGUUGGUGGUUAUUCUCACACUAGAACUUAUUGGUGCCGUUUUGAAACGUGGUGAAAUAAGAAAUCUCCCUUUUUAUUAACUUUGAGCUUGUACUUGUACUAUGUUAUUAAGCCAAAUUGUCUAGAUUCAAAGUGUUGGCAUGCAAAGUUUUUCCUUAAAUCUAAUCCUUGGAACAAAUGGAAAUGACUUCAGCUAUUUAUUUAACUUAGCAAACCAUGAAAUGGCUGAAACAUUAUUUCAAAAUGCAAGUACAAAGCUUGGUUUUAACAACAGUAUUUUAAACACUUAUUUCAGUGAUGCAUUAUGAUUUUUAUUUAAUUAUAUUCUUUUAUUAUUGCUUUUAUAGACUGCUCUGUUUUGUUGCUCAUUACAGGUUAGCAUCUAGACCUGUUUUGUAUUAACAGAUUGGUGCUCCACAAGUGUGUGUGACUGAUCCACUGCAUCCUAAUGUAAACAUUUUAUUAAUUUUCUGCUGCCAUUUUGGCACAUAUUCCUCUUAAAACGUUUUGUACUUUUUAAUCAAAGGGAUCAGAAUAAGCCACCAUCUAAUAGGUGCCACACAUUUAUUGGAAAUUGUUGCUGUUAAACCACUUGAACUUUGGUGUUUGACGGUUUAGUAGCAUUAAGAUCUUAAAUCAAUAUUUUGGCCAUCGUAUAGUUACAAUACUUGAUCCUCAGCCUUAACUAAGCUGUCGCGAGUGUCUGGAGGACUGUAUGUGUAUGAAUCUGACAGCCUACUCAUGAUUUUUUUACCCACGUUUCCCUCUUCGAUGCGGUAUAAGAAUUCCUUGAACUUGCUAACAGAUCUAUGCACGUGUCACUUUGAAACAAAGUUCCAUAGUGGCCAAAAGGGAGGCGGUGCAUGAGUUUGAACCAAAACGGUGAAGAACUAGUAACAAUCCUGGUCUGGGAAUGCCUCUGGGUCUCUAAAAUGUAUUAUCCAAGUUGUGGGACAAGGUUGUUUUUAGGUAAACUGUGCAGCCCUCAGACUCUUUGCAGCAUUAAGGUUUACAAAAUAUUUACCUUGAUCUCACAAAGCAAGGGAACCAAUCUUAUACUGUCAGUGUGGUGGUGUAUAGUCUGGGUCAUGUACUGUAUUUCAGUUUCAAUAAAAGUUUGUUUUGGACUUUGA